GCUGUUCGUUAUUUAAUGUAUUGAAGUGGUGUGAAAACAGUGCGGUAGAGGUUUAAUUAAAUUCUAAUUUUUAUUAUAAAAUUAAAUUAAAAUGUCUUUAUUGAGGUCUUCAAAUAAACUUUACCAAUUAAGUAAAACGUUAGCUCAGUCCCAGGUUUUAAUUCCUCACCGCACAUUUAAGAGAUGGGUUGCACCUACUUUGCGUGAACUGAAUCGUCGAGCCAAAAAGUUGGGCCCUCAGGCACCGGCUGCACGUUCCAGUUUUAUAGAAUGGAAUUACCGGGCAGAGUUAUUUGCCUUUGGCAAACGAUUGCAGGAAGAAUUCGACAUGUCUUUAUUGAAUACCGCCUUUACACAACAGUCUUAUAUAGCCAAAGAAGAGGCCAAACAAAGAGAAUUGGGUAUAGAAGAGACCGACAUACAAAUGCCACACAAUUUGGACUUGUCCAAAAGAGGUGCAGAUAUUGCUAAGGAAUAUGUAGAAGCUUUUCUUAAAUAUUCCCUACCCAAAGUACCUUUGGAAGGCCAGAAAUCCAUAGCUAGUUUUCUAUUGAAUACUGAAACCUUAUCUAAUGUGGCUUUACAUUUGGGCAUGAAGGAAUUAUUGCUAGAUGCUGAAUAUCCUCCUUCUAAAGAAUCAAUGGCGCAGUCAUUAUUGGCUGUAAUUGGUGCUUUAGAACAAAGCUCCGGUAUGGAAAGAGCUUUUCUUUUUGUCAGAGAUUUUAUAUGUACACAACUUAAUCAAAAAGAUAUGUUGGAUUUGUGGAAUAUAGAGAAUCCCACUGAAUUGUUGCAGCAAGUUUGUCAGCAAAACAAGUUGGCUGCACCUGAGCCACGUCUUUUGGGUGAUUGUGGCAAAAAUACCGUACUGGCCGCGUAUCAUGUGGGUCUUUAUAGUGAUAAGAAGUUAAUAGGCAAAGGCUUUGGUGAAGACAUUGAAACCGCUGUUAAGACCGCCUCAUUGGAUGCUUUACAAACAUUGUUUGGCAUACACGACAACAUGAAACCCUUUAAUUACCAACUACAAGUUGAAAGUCAAACACAAAAACUAAAGCAAUAAGAUAAAUACAAAUAAAAUCUGUUUUAAAUAAGUUGUUAACAAUAUAAUAAACUCUUUAAUUUUAGUUAAAUUUUUAGGUAA